AUGUCAAAGCGCCCAACACUUCUUCGAAGACCCUUACCCCCUAAACUCCCAAAGCUGCCGUCACACAAAAAGAGAGUCCAUACAGCCAAGACUGUUCAAAUUAAGCAACCAGAGGCAGAGGUUUCUCAACCUAAAGCCACUUCAGCUCUUUCCAGUGCGACUUCAAAAAAUCAGUCCCAAACUUCUGUCAGUGUGCAGACACUCCUGUUGGAUCACCAUGUACAAGAAAAAGUGGCCGUCGUAAAGUCGAUUGCAGCAUCAAAACACCAUCUUCAGGAUGUUUGCUUCCAGAUCCCAGAGACUGCUUACGGGUCUCUGUUUUUUCCAACUUCUCAUUCAGCUUCAAGUCGAGUUUUUGGGAAAGAAAUAAGUGUCUUAAAGGUUAAAAAAAAAGAGGAAUUCGAGACAGGUAUUAUUCAUGGUGAAGGUUUUAAGACUGUUUCAGCCACACAAUAUGAAACAGUAAUGGCCAUGGCCAAUCUGGCCAUACUGACCUGUCAAGUAUAUGGAAGAAAUGCACUUAAUCUUCAGGGCUUUUUUAUCAUCAUUUGUCCAGACUUAACACCUUUGGCUUCCCAAUUGGUUUAUCUUAAUCUGUCAUUUAAUGAUCUCUGCUACUUUCCCACAGAAGUGCUCUGUCUUAAACAUUUACAAGUACUAAAACUGAGAAAUAAUCCUAUCAAAGAAAUCCCAUCUGAAAUUCAAAAACUUAAGUGCCUUCGAAUUUUCACCAUUGCCUUUAAUUUGAUUACUUUUCUUCCACCUGGGUUAUUUGCCUUGGCCUAUCUUGAGGAACUUAAUGUUUCUUACAAUGAGCUUACUUCUAUUCCAAAUGAAAUCUAUAAACUCAGAUCACUUGAAAAACUGAAUGUCAAUGGGAAUUAUCUGACUUCUUUCCCACCUGGAAUUCUGCAGACUAACCUGAAAAGAAUCCAAUUUGAUAAUAAUUACACUCAUCCUAGUUUCUGGAAAGAGAAUUCUUUGAAUAGUCCACAAAGUCUCAUCCAUCUUACUUGUUCUUUCUUUUUAAAACAUAAUCUACAAAAAUAUCAUGAUGUGAUCCCGGAAGAAAUUCAAAACUUAUUAAGAUGCACGUCCUCGUGUGACUGGUGCCGGGGGCCCAUGUUCGGCGAAGGCUUUCGCAUCAUUCGAUCCUGCGACAGCUUUGGAGUCACCCAGUUUCCGAUUAUGUUUCAUGUCUGCUCUUUUGCGUGCCGUGGACACGUGAGGCACAGCAGCUAGGAGGUGAGACUGCUGCCGGUCGACAAGCUGCUGAUUUCUCGGUUGGCAAGAGAAUGCGGGUCUGUCAUUCCCACUGUGAAAGCGAAUCAGCUGUGUGUACGUGGUAGUUCACCUCUUUGAGAAGACGGGCUCUGUUGUGCAAGACCUAAUACCCUCUCACUUGAGUCCUCUAUGUAAUAAGUUUGUGAUUGUUAUUAAA